GCGUGGAGUUCGCGCGUGUUUUUCCCGCCAAUCUUUCGAUAAAAUACGAUAAAGGAAAUCUAAUGAUAAAUGAUUCGUUAGACAAGUGGCCAGAACUAAUAUUGAAUAGUUUUAUUAUAUUUUAUUAAUCAUUAAUGAAAGAUAUGUUAUCAUAGUGAAUUUUUAUCGUGCAAUCGAUAGGAUGUGGUGGUUUGGAGAGAAAAAAGACUGAUUUACAAUAAAAGACGAUGUUUUUAAAUAGACAAAGAACUAUUAGUGAAUAGUGUUUUUAUUUAACGUGAUCAACAUGUAUUGGAGAUUAUGUAUUUGGGCAGUUGCCCUUAUUUUGCUGGGGAGCAGAGAAGCAGCAUGCCAUUCGAUGAGUGAGAGUGUGUCUGUGGUGCUGCACCAGACCAACAUCACACGGCUCACGGCGAAGGUCAUCCAUGCUGCGGGCUACCAUUUGCAUCGAGUUGAGCAUUUAUCAAUAAUGGAUGCGCCAAAAUUGGAUCACAUAGUAGUGGACGAUCUGACUAAGAUGCCUAAUCUCAAAUCUCUGUUUAUAACGCAAGCACCACGACUACACAGGGUGUCGCCCCUACCGCCGCUGCCCGAGCUACGCACAUUCAUCAUCACAACCUCCGGAUUGGUGGAAGUCCCCAACCUAAGCCACGUGCACGACAAGAAGAAUAACAACUCACUCGCCUAUCUGCAAGCUAUAGACCUAGAAGGCAACCACAUAAAGCGCCUACCGCCGCACGCAUUGCGCGUGCGCGCUGAUCAAGUGUCCUUAAACUACAACUUGCUAGAAGAAGUGCCUGCUUUUGCGUUCAAGAAUGCGCAGAUUUCAAAAUUGAGUUUCAGAGGAAACACGAAACUAAAACAUAUUGAUGAAAAUGCCUUCGCAUCGAAUUUGCUCCUCCGACAAUUAGAUUUAAGUAACACCGCUAUUACCUCCCUGCCUACCGCAGGACUACAGAACUUGGAAACCCUUAGAAUAGAGAAGACACCUUCACUGAAAUACAUCCCAUCGAUUUACGAAUUUCAGAGUCUCCAGAAAGCGUACCUGACGCAUCAUUUCCACUGCUGCGCGUUCCACUUCCCCGAGCGACACAACCCAACGAGACACAAGCUCUAUGAAACGCAAAUCGCUAUAAUGCAGUCGAAAUGUGCGAGCGCUAGUCAGCAGAAGAAACCAGUCGCCAGAAGAAAGAAGAGGUCACUGGCACCGCUCAAGAUCGUUAUGCCUCAGCGUAAAAACGAUACUACAGACUCAUUAGAGGAAGACUUGUCAACAGCGACUACGAGCGAGGAGUACGACGCUAACUUGAUGGACGAGUACUUCUCAGACUCCGGCAGUUGGGAGGAUGAGGACGACCAGGGAGAGUUCCACGAACCAGUCAACAACACGCUAGGGGCCGGCUUCGCAAUCAUAUCCGCUGAGUGCGGGAACUUCAGUAUUAGCCCACGAAAAGUGGAAUGCUUUCCCGCACCUGAUGCACUGAAUCCGUGCGAAGAUGUGAUGGGCUGGUCGUGGCUCCGAGCGAGCGUGUGGUUCGUCAUCACGGCGGCGGUGGUGGGCAAUGUUGCCGUCCUGCUCGUCUUACUUACAAACCACACGGAGAUCACAGUCCCGCGGUUCCUUAUGUGCCACCUCGCCUUCUCUGACCUCUGCACCGGCCUCUACCUGUUUAUGUUGGCCGUCGUAGACCUCAGGUCUUAUGGAGAAUUCUUCAACUACGCCUACGAUUGGCAGUACGGGGUCGGCUGCAAGAUCGCUGGCUUUCUAUCAGUAUUUUCUGGACAGUUAUCAGUAAUUACUUUAACUAUAGUCACAUUGGAGCGCUGGUUCGCCAUAACUUAUGCAAUUUACUUAGAAAGGAGGAUCUCUCUAUCAGCCGCAGCUAAGAUAAUGAUGGGCGGUUGGUUGUACUCCUUCCUGAUGGCUGGUUUGCCGCUGGUCGGCGUGUCAGACUAUUCGUCUACGUCAAUAUGUUUACCGGUUGAGAGCAAGGACGUGGGAGAUGCUGUGUACCAAGGAUCUAUAUUUAUAGUGAGUGCGUUGGCGUGGGUCACGAUUGUGGUGUGCUACGUGCAGAUAUACAGGUCGCUAGGGGGUGGAGAGAGUUACGGAGGGAGGGGGGCGGCCGCAGCCGCUGAGAGACGAAUUGCGAAUAAAAUGGCGCUCCUCAUCGGGACCGACCUGCUGUGCUGGGCGCCUGUGGCGUUCUUCGGCAUCACAGCUCUAGCAGGAGUGCCGCUAGUCGAUGUUAGUCACGGGAAAGUGUUGCUAGUAUUCUUUUACCCUCUGAACGCUUGUGCGAAUCCAUUCUUAUACGCCAUAUUAACGAAACAAUACCGAAGAGAUUUGAUAACGUUGAUAGCACGGACGGGUCACUGCACCUGGUUAGUGGAGAAGUACAAGUUGGCGGCGACCCCGCCCCCCACCGCGCACACUAACCCCUCUGCGCCGGCGCAGCUGAUGCCGCUAGUAGACUCCGUCACGUAUCAAAGGAGCCAGUCACAGUGUAAAGACAGUAGUGAGGUACCGCUUUAAGUGUAUAGUUGUAAUUAGGUUAUGUUGACAUUAUUACAUGGUUAUUUAUUUUUA